GCAUGAAGAAGAGGAGGACGAAGAAGAAGAAGAAAAAGAAGAGGAUGAAGAAGAAGAAGAAGAAGAAGAAGAAGAAGAAGAAGAAGAAUGACGAAAGAGGAAUGAAAAGAAGAAAACGAAGAACUGAAGACAGUGAGAAGAGGAGGAAGAAGAAGAUGACGAUGGCGUAGAUGGAGGGCCACAAUGAUGGUGUGGCUGGAGGGCGAUGACGAUGGCGCAGCAAGAGGGCGGCAGGGCAACAACGACAAUGGCAAGGAGGACUGCGGCACGGCGACGAUGGGGAGGACAACGACGGCAAGGCAACGACAAACUAGCGGGGGAGUAGUCCGGCGGAGGGCGCAGAGCCGCGCGCGAAGGCCAUUUGUUAUUCUCAACGAGCAUUUACAGACCGUCCUUCCUACAUUUCAUGAUGCCAUAGGGCUUCUCUUGAUGAUCCGGAUGACCCAUCAGCAUCAGCUGAUUAUGACAAGACGACGGGUUCCUUGUCUGGACUCUUAUUUCGACAAGGUGAACAUGCUGAUCUGGCCAAGGUUCAAGUUUGUGUUUGAAAUGCACUUGACAAGUGUGCGAUCGGCCAAUCCACGUACGCUUUGGGAGGAUGACAUCCACCCCCAUUAUGUUACACGGAGAUACGCAGAGUUUACAUCAUCCCUUCUGCAGCUGAAUACUGGGCAUGGAGAUGGCCAGUUGGAGGUUAACCUGGAGAAGCUUCGCUUAGCAGUGGACAGUCUGCUUGUGAAUCUGUCACGGCUUUUCCCGAAGCAAAAGCAGCAAACUAUCUUCCUAAUAAACAACUAUGACAUGGUGCUGGCUGUCCUCAAGAGUAGGGCCCACUCGUGGUGGGACUUCCACCAACCCCUACACGAAGGAGGAGGAGGAGAAGAUGGCCGCCAUUCUGCAGGAGAAGAAGGAGAAGGAGGCCAAGAAGAAGGCCUUGAAGGAGGAGCUGGCGGCCAAACUGAAGAAGAUGAGGAAGAGAUGGCCAAAGAGAAGGAGAGGAYACAGAAAGAAGAAGAAGAGAAGUUGAAAGAGGUGGAAGAGGAGGAAGAAGAUGAAACGCCAUUGCAGAGGAAGAGGGUGCAGUACAGUGGUAGUAGGGAUGAAGAGAUGGAGAAGCGAAUCUCCGAGUGGGUCGCCAACUUAUCCCUGGGYBAAGAAGAAGAGGUGGCGAUGUAUAUCUCUAAAGAUGAUCAGGAAGCCGCUAUGAGAGCUUGGGAAGCCGAAAGUAGUGACAGUAGUGACAGCCUUAGAGAGAAGGAGGAGGAGGAGAAGAUGGCCGCCAUCGUGCAGGAGAGGAAGGAGAAGGAGGCCAAGAAGAAGGCCCUGCAGGCGGAGCAGGCGGCCAAGUUGAAAAAGAUUGAGGAGGAGAUGGCCAGAGAAAAGGAGAGAUCAAAGAAAGAAGAAGAGGAGAAGUUGAAAGAGGUGGAUGAGGAAGAAGAGGAAGGACCACCACUACAAAGGAGUGGGCAGCACAGUGGCAGCAAAGACGAAGAGAUGGAGAAACGGAUUUCGGAGUGGGUCGCCAACUUAUCCCAGGGUGAAGAAGAAGAGGUCACGAUGUACAUCCCCAAGGAUGAGCAGGAAGCCGCUAUGAAAAGAUGGGAAGCAGAAGAAGAUGUUCUAGCGCGGCGGGCAGUGGAGGAUGAACAGAGGAUAGAGUGGAAACUCGCAAUGAUGAGGGAGAAGAAGAGGAGAGUGGAGGCGGCGAAUGCAGCAAUGCAAGAACUGGCGGAGGUGAGGACGACUCUAACGACGCAAUUGACUUCGCAAGUAGAUCUCCAACGCAAAGUGGAGAUCAUCGCCCAGAGCGUCGAGCGGCUAGCUAGAGUGCAAGAACAACACUAUAAGUUUAGUCGCAGCCAGGAUAUAUCGGUGCGGUCGAUGCGAAUGGGAUUACAAGACUUUGCUCGCGAGUUAGUAGGCGCUGUGGGGUUCGAGGUGGGAACUCCCAAGGAGGAGGAGGCUCGUCCUCGCAGGGAGUCGGUCAAAGUCAAAUUCCCUGAUUCCUAUAGUGGAAAAAGGGAAGAGAACUUUGACAACUGGGAGACCAACGUUAAGACUUAUGUCCACCUGCAACAGGUCUCCCCAGAUCAGCAUGUCUUGUUCGCCAUCCACGCGCUUAGAGAUGAGGCUGCCAGUUUUGCAACGUCCCUAGUCCGCGCUGCCAACUGCAAUGAUGAUGCAGUCGCGUACUCGUCAUUCACCCCUCUCGUUGACUUUAUGAAAAUGCUGCGCGAGCGAUUCGCAGAUGUCGCUCAAAGUGUCAAAGCCUCCGAUAGGCUUCAGACCAUCCACUCGCGCCAAUGGAAGAGUGCCAAGGCACUCAAAGGCACAAUGGACGAGCUAGUGGCUGUUCAUGACCAUGGGGUCACUGAGACCCAGUUGGUCAACCUCUUCUACCGGGCUAUGCCCGAGUGGCUGCGGGGCCACUUCUUUACGAAGAGCCAGGACCCUGCUAUGACCUAUGAUGCACUUAGCAGGGAGGUGGUCGCGUUCGAGGCGAAGUCUGUGUCAGUUUCCACUUUCUGGCACAAGGACUUAGACAAGGGAAAGAAGUGGAAGGGCCACACUAUCUCAGGGCAAGUAAAGACUAAGGAUAGUCUCGUCCUAACCUUACAUGAGGGUAGUGUGGACGAGAUCCCCUACGAUCAGAUUGAGUGGGGGUUGGAGGAAGAGGACAACGGUGUGGGCCAGGGGAGAUCUUACGCUGCUGUCGCGGCCGGAGGGAGGCCGCAAGGGGGAGGACGAGGCCAGGGCCAAGGGGGCCGGGCCUCAGGGAGUCGAUUUCAGGGCGAUCAGAGGGUUGGCGGCAGAGCAGGAAACCGCCAAGCGGGAGGAAGGGGUCAAGGUCCCCCGCAAAACCGUCCUAGGAACAAGUCUCCUUAUAGUGCGUAUUUCCGCCUAGAGAAGGAUGGGAAAGUGGAGAAGGUCCUCCACUCCCUGACCCUCCUCGUAGAAGACAGCCUCCCAUUUGAUAUUGUUCUGGGAAUGGAUUGGGGAGAGGCAGCCGGGGCCACGCUCCAUUUGAAGGAGCACGAGUGUAGGCUCCCUAGUUCUUCAGGCGAGGCCAAGACUGCCCGCCUGUUCCAUGUGUCAGGAGUAGAGAAUUUCUUGGCACAUUGUUGCCUUAGUGCGCCUGCAUUCGCUAGAUUAGUGAAGAAGGAGCAACUAAAGGAACAGGUCUUUGUUGCCUAUGUUAGGCCAGUAACUGACCCUGCGGACGAAAAGCCGAUAGACACUGUGAUUGCCAAGCUGCUGGAGGAGUUCAAGGAUAUAACUGAGCUGCCAACUGGAGUAGUACCGCGGCCCAUCCAGCACCGUAUCGAGAUAGAGCCUGGCAGUAGAACUCCUAAGGGUGUUGUGUAUAGGAUGUCCCCACGGGAGUUAGAGGAGCUUCGCAAGCAAUUAGACGAACUCCUCGAGAAGGGUUGGAUUAGGCCCAGUUUGUCUCCCUUUGGAGCACCUGUUCUCUUUGUUCCUAAGAAAGAGGGAGAGCUGAGAAUGUCUAAUUACUAUAGGAAGUUCGUGAGGAACUUCUCCACCAUCGCUGCGCCCCUUUGCAGACUGUUGAGAAAGGAGACCAUCUGGAAGUGGGACAAGGACUGUACGUUUGCCAUGAAGAAGUUGAAGCAGGCAUUGAUAGAGUAUCCAGUCCUUAAAGUCGCCGAUCCGUCCUUGCCUUUUGUCGUCACGACCGAUGCUAGUCAAUACGGCAUAGGCGCGGUGUUGCAGCAAGACGAUGGCAAUGGUUAUAGACCCGUAGAGUUCAUGUCCGCCAGGAUGCCUUCAGAGAAGGUCACGACAUCUACCUAUGAGAGGGAACUCUACGCUCUCCGGCAAGCCUUAGAACAUUGGAAGCACUACUUGCUUGGGAGGCACUUCAAAGUCUAUUCCGAUCAUGAGACGUUAAGAUGGUUAAAAACGCAGGCCAAGAUGACACCUAAGUUUACUAGGUGGGCCGCAGAGAUAGAUCCGUAUGACCUUGAGCUCAAGCCAGUUAAGGGAAAGUAUAAUGUAGUUGCGGAUGCGCUCAGCAGGAGGGCUGAUUACUUUGGGGCAAUAGUGCAUUACCUAGACAUAGGGAAGGACCUGCAGAAGAAGAUUAGAGAAGCUUAUGCGCAGAACCCUAUCUACAGUGACCUUCUCAAGAGGGUCAAGGAGGAGGUUGAGCUUCAAGAGCAUUUUGGAAAGUUGAUAAACUUUGUGAAGACUAAAGGAGCCUCAGGCGAAGAGGCGACAUCAUCGACUGCUGCAAAUCCGUCUGCGGUACUUGUAACAAUCGCUGAUGUGGAGCCGCUUGUUCACGACUUUGCCGUCCGCUGGAAGACUGCAAUUGAGACCAUGCACAAAAAUGUCAUCUCAUACUUCUCCAACUUUGUUCGGGGCAUGGAAAUUCUUCGAGCAGCGCUCACCCAGCUUCUGCUUUACUACUCACGACUUCUAGACUGUUUGAAGCGAAUCGGUGGAAACUCGGCGCUUGGAAAGGAUAUCGUAUCCAUUCCGUCGAUCAUGUACGAGAUCAAGAAGUACAGCAGAACAUUCUGAUCCCUGUCUGCAGUAGCUGCUUAUGCAGAUGAAGAUCUGAGGGGGAUAAGAGUGCUCAGCGCCGUUUGAUCUGCUGAAGAUCAAAUGGGAGUGCUCAGCUAGAUUGGGCGCUUGUGCAGAUUCCGACCUCCAUUAGAUCAAAUGGGAGUUCUCAGAGAGAUAGGGCGCUUCUCUACAUGUGACGUAAAGGUGCUCAGAGUGCUCAGGGUGCUCAGGGUUCUCUGGGUACUGAGGGUCCUCUGGGUACACAGAGUGCUCAGGAUGCUCAGGGUGCUCAGUAUACCGUUAGAUGCGAUGGAGAUCCAAUGGGUGCCGAAAGAGACUGGGAACUUACACAGCCACUGAUCUAAGGGCGCUCGGAGUGCUUAGCACCGUUAAAUGUCUCAUGGAGAUCGAGCAGGUGCUCACAAGGAUUGGGCGCAUUGCAGAUGUUGACCUAAGGGUGCUCAGGAUGCUCAAGGUGCUCAAGGUGCUCAGUGCACCGUCACAUCUGAUGGAGAUCCAACGUGCUAGGUGAGGUUAGGCUCUUACGCUGAUGGUGGUUUUAGGGCGGACAGAGUGCUCAGCACCAUUCGAUGUGAUAGAAGAUGAAAUGGGGGUGCUCGCUUGGCGAGAUUGGGCGUUUAUACGGAUCGCGACCUAGGGGUGCUCCGUGUGGGCUCGGCGCGUAUAUGGAUCUUGAGUCUUUACGUAAGAGUGCUUAGUGUGCUUGGUGUAUCGUUAUAGAUCUGAUGGAUAUCUAACAGGUGCUCAGCAGCAAGAUUGGGAACUUAAUAGACAUGCUGGCGACUGGAGGGUGCUUAGAGUGCUCAGAGUGCUCAGAGUGCUAAUUACUGUUAGAUCUGAUAAUGAUCUAUUGUGUGUCCAGCGAGAUUGAAAGAGAUUCCUGAUGAUUUUUUUUGGAUGAAAGGUUGUCUAACACAUUUGUUUUCGGAAAUUGCUCUGCUUUUUUUUUUUUUUUUUUUUUUUUUUUAAUGCAUAAAAUAACGGCCAUCAAACCAAGGGGUCAGUCAGUGGGUAAGUUUUUCCAAGUCAUUAUUCCUGUAUCUAGACUGAAGAAAGAUUAUAUUCGUCCAGUGUCUUAUUUGUGAUGGUGACGGUCAUCAGUUUGUUUCUAUGCUUGAAAAUGUCUCAAUUUCUUAACUAAUCAGUAGAUUCAGUACCUGUGCUCAAAGUUGAGUCCUGAAAUAGUGGUCAGUUUUUCACUGUGGUUAACUAGUCAGUACCUGUGCUCAAAGUUGAGUCCUGAAAUAGUGGUCAGUUUUUUACUGUGGUUAAAUAGUCAGUACCUGUGCUCAAAGUUCAGUCCUGAAAUAGUGGUCAGUUUUUUACUGUGGUUAAAUAGUCAGUACCUGUGCUCAGAGUUGAGUCCUGAAAUAGUUGUCAGUUUUUUUAACUGUGGUUCAGACAAGUCGAGUUAAGAUCAGUUUUUGCACACUGAGGUUGUGGUGGAGCCUGAGGCAUGGUCGUCUCGAUGCCCAGAGAUGGUUUGGGGGGCGAUCGCUUGCUAAGGAAAAAGGGAGGGAAGGGCUUAUGGCUGCGCCAGAUG